AAUAAAAUUAUAAAACAUUUGCAUCAAAAAAUCAGUAGAAGAAAGAGGACCCUCACUUUGCAUGAUGCAAUUUGUGAGGGACAAGGCUCAAUGAGCUAAUAAUAUGUUCUCUCACUCCCUACCUAUAAGGCUACAAUAAUUCCCACUAAAAUCACUGUCUGUUUUUGCCUCCCAACAUGUAUUUCGUAUAUAUCUCCCAAUUCAAUACAACCAACUAAAUCUAAAAAAUAUAUAAACAAGACUACCAUGGUUAUGUACACAUUAAUUUCUCCUAUAAAUUCUUCCUUUAACCAAACACCAACCAAAACCACCAAGAAAAACUCAAUUACUUACUUUGACAAUUGACACUCAAUUUUUGAUAUCCCAUUCCAUGUCACAUACCCUCCUCCUCUUAUGUACCAUCCUCGUCCUAUCACCCCGUAGUACAUUUGCUACGGGGGGUGGUCGAUGGCAGCUCCUACAAAAAAGUAUCGGCAUUUCUGCCAUGCACAUGCAACUCUUAAAUGAUGAUCGUGUUAUCAUCUUUGAUAGGACUGACUUUGGUGAGUCAAGACUCCCCCUACCCAAUGGCCAUUGUCGUAGGGAUUCCAACGACGAGGCCUUGCAAGUUGAUUGUACGGCUCACUCCGUACAGUACGACUCUCUUUCCAACACCUUCCGUCCCCUCACCGUGUUAACUGACACGUGGUGUUCCUCCGGUGUCACCCUAACCAACGGUACCCUAAUCCAAACCGGCGGUUUCAAUGAUGGAGAACGCGUGGUUAGAGCUUUCCAACCGUCUUGUGGUGGUUGUGAUUGGGUGGAGCACCCUAACGAGUUGUUGGAACGUCGGUGGUACGCCACUAACCACAUUUUGCCUGAUGGUCGGUCCAUCAUAAUAGGUGGUCGUAGGGCUUUUAACUAUGAAUUUUAUCCAAAAACAAAGCUUUAUAAUUUGCCGUUUUUGUCACAAACUCAUGAUCAUCAAGUAGAGAACAAUUUGUACCCUUUUGUGUUUCUUCACGUGGAUGGAAAUUUGUUCAUUUUUGCUAAUAAUAAGGCCAUUUUGUUUGACUAUACUAGAAAUGUGGUUGUGCGGACCUACCCGACUAUUCCGGGUGGCGAACCACGGAGCUAUCCGAGUACCGGAUCUGCAGUGCUUUUACCAAUGAAGAAUUUGGAGCUUGGAUCGAAUGUUGAAAUGGAGGUGUUAAUAUGUGGAGGUGCUCCGCCAGGGUCAUACUUGAAGGCACUUAAUAUGGGUCAGUUUUUGCCAGCUCUAAAUACAUGUGCGCGAAUGAAGAUUAAUGAUCAAAAACCCACUUGGGCCAUCGAGACUAUGCCAAUGCCUCGAUGUAUGGGUGAUAUGUUGAUUCUGCCCCAUGGGGAAGUCCUAUUAAUUAACGGGGUAGGGUCUGGUACCGCCGGGUGGGAACUGGGUCGAGACCCAGUUCUUAGCCCGGUGCUCUACCACCCGAAUAAUGCCCAAGGGUCUAGAUUCACAGUCCAAAAAUCAACCCAAACCCCAAGGAUGUACCACUCGAGCGCGAUUUUACUACGAGACGGACGGGUUAUAGUAGGUGGGAGUAACCCUCAUAGAACCUACAACUUCACAAAUGUGCUAUACCCUACCGAACUUAGCUUACAAGCAUUUUCUCCUUCAUACUUGCAUCCGAGCAAAGCCGAGCGUCUCCCGAACAUCACCUUCCCACUUUCGGGUUACAAGAUCCAUUAUGGGAAAAACCUUAAGGUCAAGUUCAAGAUUAAAGGGUUGGUUGACCUAGAUUCAAUUAAGGUCACAAUGCUAAGACCACCCUUUAACACACAUUCUUUCUCAAUGAGCCAAAGAUUGUUGGUUCUAACCAAUGUAAACCCCGUAAAGCCCACGGGCUCGGGUCAAUUUAAAGUCGAGGUAAUUACACCCGGAUCUGCUAAUAUUGCCCCACCCGGAUAUUAUAUGUUGUUUGUAGUACACCAAAAUGUUCCUAGUAAAGGGAUUUGGCUUCAAAUUACGUGAUUUUCACUUUUAAAUUGUACGUACUAAAGUUUUUAUACUAGUUUGUACAACUCAAUUGAUGAAUAUUUCUUUUUUACAAUUGCAAACAGAAAAUCAAG